UUCCAGGUGCAAAACUGCGCUGCCGACUGUAUAAUCUAGUACUGCAGACGUUAAAAACAAAAUGUUCCAUUUUAAUUUCACUAGAGUAAUAAAACGCAGUACUAGAAUUUUAACCAAAUCAACCGCCAUGAUCCGGGUCAUCAGUGACGAGCGCCUACUCUCGAAACAGUUGGCGGAUCCACUCGAGUACGAGCAGUCGCUACGGCGGCCGCCGCAUUUCGAGCCAGUGACCAUCGGCGGCAUCACGUUCCCCAUUGCCGACGAAGCGACGGUCGAAAAGCUAGAGGCCGUCGUUCGCAGCGAUUGGAGCGCACGGCAGGCGUACGUGGAGCUGCUGCGGUCGCAAAUGCCCCGCCGAACCGAUGCCCAUCGAAUUUACGACAUUGUCUCGAACAGGAUCUUCUCGUACAAAGCGCUGCAGAAUUACUACCUAACGGCGGAUCGACAGCCGUACUUUAAGCAGGAGAACCGCAAAGCAAUGGUCAAUUACGAGAUAUUUCAAGGGUGCAUGCUUGAGGCGUGGGCUGACAUGGGCGUUGACAGUGCAGGACUCAAGAACGCUCUGCGAGCCGUUGUGAUGGUCAUCAGCAGAAAGCUAAGAAAAUCGAUUGGAACCAAUCGGCGGUUCUAGAAUCCGGGCUCGUCGAAAAAAUGUGUGGCGAGUCAUCCAGAGGCUGUGUGUGAAACUAUUCCCAAUGCUAGUGUUUAAAGACAAAAAGACUUUACAGGAGCAUCUCUUUUUAGUGCAGUUCAAAAAGUAGUACUAGAUUUUAAAUUGUUCUAUUUAUUUACCCAAAAAAUGUUGCUGUAAUAAAAUUCUGUUCAGAACAGUA